CGCCGCCACGUGUCCAGAAGAUUCUCCAGUCAGGUUCCCCUCGCUAUAAUAAUUACGCCACCUACCUUCCUAUCCAAACAACACAAACGGUUCUAAGUUCUAACUCGUAACCAGAAGUAAUUGGUUGAUUAUUGUGACUGAGUUCAAUGACUGAAAGGGAUCGGCGCACGCUAUCAUUCCCGGCGGUUCACCCAUGCGAAGCCGUAUCUCCGCCCACACUCCUCGCCUCUCUAAUCACCCUCUCCCAAUCCAUAUGCAACUACCAACCCCACCUCUUCCCCACCCAGCGACGAAACGCCAGAGAAACCAUACGCCAAAUCAACAUCGUUUCGAUAUUCCUUCAAGAAAUUCAAGAGCGCGCCCUGUCAAUCCCCCACUCCACCAUCCUCAGCCUCAGCCUCUCCGAGCUCCACUUCACCUUACAGAAGAUCCACUUCCUCAUGCAAGACCUCACUCUCCAAGGCGCUCGCCUCCUACUCCUCGCCAAAUCGCAACACGUCGCGUCCCUCUUCCGCGCCUUCGUCCGCGCCAUGGCCACUUCCCUCGACGUCUUGCCCCUUCACAACCUCCACGUGUGCCGCGAAGUCAAAGAGCUCGCGGAACUCGUGACAAGGCAAGCCAGAAAAGCCGGGUUCGAAGUGGACCCCAGCGACGCACGUGCCACCAAAACCCUCCACACGGUUAUAAGCCAAUUCGCCAGAGGAACCGAACCGGACCUCACUUCCAUGCACCAAAUAAUCAAUUACCUCCAAAUCAAAACCUGGACAGAUUGUAACACCGAGAUUAAAUUCCUCGAGGAUGAAAUUAACCUAGAGUGCCGCGACCGCGAGGAGCGAGAGGUUCCACUUCUAAGUAGCUUAGUAGGCUUUUUAACUUACUGCAGAGGACUAAUAUUCGAAACCAAUAACCCCCAAGGUAGAUGCAGCACGGAGUUAGCAAUAACGUCGUUAACGCUAUUAACGUCCCUCAACCCCGAGGAUUUCCGUUGCCCGAUUUCCCUCGAGCUCAUGACGGAUCCGGUAACGGUGUCAACCGGUCAAACCUACGACCGACCCUCCAUUACGAAAUGGCUCAGAGCAGGGAACACCACGUGCCCCAAAACAGGGGAGAAGCUAACAACCACAGAGUUAGUUCCCAACACAACGCUCAAGAGGCUCAUCCAACAAUUCUGCGCCGACAACGGCAUUUACCUCGCCAACAACUCUAACCGUAACCGCAACAUCGUCGCCGGUAGUCCCGCGGCCGCGCACGCCGUGCAGUUUCUCGCGUGGACCCUCACGCAGCGGCUCGCGUUCGGGACGGAGGAGCAGAAGCACAAGGCCGCGCACGAGAUUCGCGUGCUCGCCCGAAACAGCAUUUUCAAUAGGGCGUGUUUGGUUGAAGUGGGAGCAGUGUCUCCUCUGUUGGAGCUUCUAGCCUCUGCGAAGGAUAAAUCCACGCAAGAGAACGCAAUCUCUGCUCUAUUGAAGCUCUCUAAAGACUCGAAUGGGCCGAAAAGUAUUAUAACCAGCGGGGGCAUAAGCGUAAUUGUGUCAGUGCUGAAAAAUGGAGUUAGUUUAGAAGCUCGACAAGUCGCGGCUGCGGUUAUAUUUUAUCUCUCGUCGGUUAAAGAGUAUCGGAAGUUAAUAGGGGAAAACCCUGAGGUGAUUCCAGCGUUGGUGGAGUUAGUUAAGGAAGGAACAACCUGCGGGAGGAAAAACGCUGUCGUUGCGAUAUUCGGGUUACUUUUACUUCCUAGGAAUCACCAAAGAGCGCUUUCCGCGGGUGCCGUUCCCGCGCUGCUUGAUAUUUUGGCUUCUUCGGAUAAGGAGGAGCUUGUGGCGGAAUCUUUGGCGGUUCUUGCGGCGCUGGCCGAGAAUGUUGACGGGGCACGUGCGAUUUUGCAGGGGUCGGCGUUGGCGUUGAUUACGGGGAUGCUGCGAACUGCGACGUCACGUGCGGGGAAAGAGCACUGUGUUUCGAUCUUGUUGUCGCUGAGCGUGAAUGUCGGCGCGGAGGUGGUGGCGGUUCUGGCGAAGGACCCUUCGCUGAUGCCUUUGCUUUAUUCGCUUCUGACGGAGGGGACUUCUCACGCCGCAAAGAAAGCGCGGUUCCUCAUCAGAGUGAUACAAGAUUUCCACGAGACUAGAACUUUGGGGCUCAAGGGUUCCUCCGUUCCGCAAGAACCAUCGCUUCACGUUUGGUGAUAACUGAUAACCUUUUGUUUUCUGUAAAUAUAUACGACAUUUGUUUUUUUUUUUUUUUGUUACGUUUUGGAUUUGUGAAAUUAGCUCUAUGCUUCUGCUUUUUUUGUGGCGGGCGAGCUAAUUUCAAUAAGUGAGCCUUUUAUUUAGCUCACGCUGGAAGUGGAAUUUUUUGUCUCUCUCUGUCUGGUUAUGAAUUGAAAUGGUGUGAAGUUAGAUGAUGAAAUUAUUAUAUAUAUGUCUGGAUUGAUUACUUCA